CUGUGUGCGAUCAACUGGAGGGAGGUGCUCAGCUGGGAACAAGGAGAGAGACACCAGCUCUGAGGGAAUAGGACGCACACACAAUAUGAGAGACAUGGGAGUCUGAUCAGGGCUGGAAUGGGUCGUUCUGUACGGUAGGUUACUCUGCAGACCUGUUUCUGGAGGAAAACAGAGGGGCUGGACACAGGAGACGGACACAGGAAUUCCAAGUCACAAGGGCUCCUGUGGCAGAGCAGGUCCUGGCUGGGUUGGGCUGGUAUUCCAACCUCUCACGGUCAUGAGUGUGACGGAUGUAGAGUAGGACCAAGGAGGGGAAAAAUCAGUUAUAACUAAGAGGCAUUGUUUAACUUCAACGGUCUGACCUGACCCCAAUCAGGAUGGGAUCAUCCGUGGACUUUGCUUGUUUGCUGUUGUUGGUUUUCACUCUGGGAGAGAACCACUUGGUGUCCGGGGGUUGUUCAGGGAAAUGCUGCCGAGGCAGAGACCUGAGCUGCCUGACCACUGACUGGAGGAUGGACCGCUUCUAUGGGACAUGCUACUGCGACGAGGGCUGUGUGAGGACCAGGGACUGCUGCUUCGACUACUUCACAGAAUGCCCAGCUCAGGACUGUACGGUGAGCGACUGGAGCUUUUGGAGCGGCUGUGCAAAGCCCUGCCAGCCUUCGGUGCGGGUCCGUGUUCGCCACAUAGAGCAGCAGCCCAGUAACAGUGGAGGGCCCUGUCCCAGUCUAGAGCAACAGAGCGGCUGCAGGGAGUACAGAGACAGCAUGGGUGGCCACUGUGGACAAGACUCAGGUCCUGCAUUCAUCACCAGCAUGGAGUUUGGCAAGGGAAGGCCAAAGCAUGACAACUAUGGAAACCCCCUGGACCCUGGGUUCUGUGUGGAAUUCACACUGGAGUCCCGGACGCCCCACUGUACUGUGGAGAACCGGCCACACACACACUGGAUGCGCUACAUAACAGAAGGCUUUAAAGUGUGUGUGGCAUGUGAACCUCCUGCCAUGCGCAACAAUAGUGGCAGCUGCCAAGGAGACGGUCUGGAAUCAGACAAGGAAGCUUUGCUCCACUGGCAGGCGGUGGGGAACCAUCAGUGCAGCGGGACCUGGAAGAAGAUCCAGAAAACCCAGCUGUGUAACUGUCCGCCACAACACAGCUUUGUCUUCAUCUGACCUAAAC